AUUUUGUUCUCAUUAUUUUAAGCCCCAACCGGUGAAUCGAACCCCAAAAAACAGACAUGGAGCAUGACAUUGUACGCAAGUAUUCCGACGAUCGAGUCAAAAUUUCCGGAUGGUCCGAACGCAUCCAGCAGUACCCGUACGACUGCUGCCUGUGGAACAGGGUGGGAGGAGGAGCGGCUUAUCGUACCUUCGGCUACACCACCAAACACUUCAUCCCGCGAACCACUGCGCAGGCAAUGAGCGAUACCGUCUGGGGUCACUUUCAGGAGCAGCAGCAGCAGCAGCAUCAGCUGGCAUGCAUACGUGCAAAGAAAACGAACCCGCCCGAGGUCAAACGGUGUCCAUACAUUACCAGCUAUCAGCGUGACUAUUUCGAUCGAUUUCCUGCCUUCCGGAAGUUGAUGAUGAUAAAUGCGCUCCAAAGUAGAAAGUGUUGAAAGACGCAACCCACAAUAGCGGCGUGAGGGAAGCGGCGUCUCUAAAUUGAAAGAUGAUGAUUAUUUAUUCGCUCUCGGGUCGACAAGCGCACCAUAUGGUUCCUUUCAAUGGAUUUGGUUCAUGGAAAACGGCGGUGUGUAGAUUUGAGGUUUGUGUGUGAUGUAAGUUUGUAACACAAGGAAUCGAAAAAUAAUCACAUUUGAUGUAAACUUUUA